AUGUUGCAGACACAUGUUGUUUGCAACAAAAGGACUCAUUUCCAGGUAUACAAACAAUGGUGUGAGGUGGGGGGCAUUAUGAUGCACCCUCAUGCAAUCCCACCUGGCAAAGAUCUUGCAGUGAUGCAAAUGACUCUUGAUGCCAGCCUUGUCUUGAGGCCACCUGCAUUUACCAAGGAUGGCCUACUGGAAUACAUCAUGGAGCUCAUCGUGACCGAAGACGAGGCCAUCCAGCUAAUAGACAAGCCAGCAUUUCGAUGUUUGCUGCAGUAUGCAUGUCCAUCUCUUACCAACAAAGAUAUCCCACAUCGCACGAAGUUAACUGACACCAUCAAGGCUUGA